UCAUUCUCGACGCGGGUGACAGACGGUUUGAGCUCGCGCUCGCAGUUGAAUCGCUUGCAUCUAGUAGGCCAGCUGCAUUUCGAUUGUGGCGCAUCGCCGCUUGGUGACAAAUGUCACGUGCCAGGUAUACGGAGCACGCUUGAUUUUGAUUGUUCGCGUGCGGUGAUCGAUAUAUUGCCGGCGGUUUUGUUGCCCGACUGACGUCCGAUUGGAAAGUUGAAUAUAUCGGGCGGAAUAGCUAUACGUAGACACAGGGUUUUGGCGAAAGUUUGGUGUAAUUCAGGUUGGAGAAAAUAACCGUCCAAAAUAGGCUACUAUAGGAAAAAUAUCACUAUGGCUCUACAAACUGCUCAAUCGCCAGCACUUUAUGGAUUAUCCUCAGAGUGGGAACGAGUUCCUGCUUACAGACAUCCAGCAGAUUAUGAAGAAGAUAAUUUACCUAAAGAUCCACGACAAUGGACCAGAGAAGACGUGGCCAACUGGCUCAACUACGUCACAUCCGUCCACAACUUACCUAAAGUCCCUGCAUCCAGGUUCCAUAUGAACGGGAAAGCGUUAUGUCUGAUGUCACCUAGCAUGUUCUUGAGCCGAGUACCUUUAGGAGGAAAACUACUUUACAAAGACUUUCAAUUGAGGUUAUGCGCCGCUAUGUACCGUAGAAGUUAGAGAUAAGAAUAAAGUUUUAUAUCAGCCUUUUUUGGUAUCGGUUUUUGUGUAAAAUUCCAUUAUAUUGAUAAGUACGACGGUCAUUUUUAAAGUAAAUUAGUGCCACAACUUGGAAAAUGUUUAAAUUAUGAAUGGUGACUCUGUCAAAAAAUGAAAUAAUGUUCAUAUUUCAGCUUGACACAUUUUUCAUUCAUAAAUAAAAUUUCUCCGACUCCAUUACAAAACGGUCCUUACUUAAGAAAUGACCCUCUGAUAAACCACAUUCCAAAGAAUAUUUUCAACUACCUCACUAUUUCGAAAAUAUGUUUUCCUCACUAUUUCGAAAAUAUGUUUUAAUUAUGAAUGUGAGAUCAAUUUUUUGGGUCAUAAAAUACCUGUACUUCAGUAAAACUUUACGUAUUGUAAUAUUUCUUUUAUAUUUAUAGAGACAAAACAACAUUAUUAUGAAUUGCAUCUUUUCUUCCAUAUACGUGUAUUUUAGCGGAAAUCUUACAGUGAUAUAACUUUUUUAUGCAGCUGCUAUAAGAUCAUGUCUUAAGCAUGGUACACCUCGACUGUACUAUAAGUACCUUAGGUUAGUUUCGACUGAGAUUUAUGUUUUAUGCUGUAAUUGUAUUGUUUUAAUAUUGACUAGUCAUGUACAUAAUUGUGUAAAUAAAGUAUUUCAAUAAAAUGCAAAGGUUUGAAC